GUUCCCAGGAAUCAUAGGAAUCCAUGGUACGAUAACGUUGAAGAAUUUAGAAAAUAACCUAGGGUUGAUACCCAUGAAAUUAGGGACCGCCAAAAUUACAAAAAAUUGUCACUCAAUACUGUAUUUUUACGACGUCAAUUUAAUAAUCACUGAAGUUAAUGACCUUAAGAAAAAAACUGAAAAUGUUGCGAAAUUAACCAGGAAAUAUAUUGAGCACUAUAAACACUCAGCAAAUUACCUCAAUGUUUUGUAUUUCUUAGAAAGAAAAGUAGACGGAAAGCUAAAUGACAUUUUUCCCUCUACUUACGAAACUGUUCCAUCAUUCUCUGUUAGAAUAAAAAGGGGAUUAAUAAACGGCUUAGGUUCAAUUUUCAAAGCAAUCACAGGAAACCUGGAUGCUUCAGAUGGUGAAAAAUUCGAGUCUCUAAUAAGCGAUUUGCAGAAUGAUCAAAACAAGUUAUCAGAAGCUAUCAAUAGUCAGAAUACCUUAUCUGUCGAACUUAUCGAUAAUUUCAAUAAAACUGUAAGUCAGAUUACUCAUAACCAAAAGCUAUUGGAAGCUAAAAUAAAUCAGCUUUUAACAGCCAUGAUUAACACACAAGCCUACAUAGAAAAUGGCUUUUUCUUGAGAGAUACAAUCUCAGAGAUCAUGAAUAUCUAUCAUAUCAUAAUUUCAGUACUCCAGGAUAUAUAA